AUGUACGCGUUGCUGAUCCCGCCGGGUGGCCUUGCGCUCAACGAUUGUUCCCCAUCAGGGAAACCCUCCACAACGGUAUCGGCAGCAGCAGGUACCACGGAUGCCACUUCUUUGGGAUUCCACACAGUGGCAGAAAAGGCACGUGGAGCCGCUGCCAAUUCAGGUUCAGAAGUACCUGCUGCAACAUCAGCCCCUGCCGCACUAGGGAAAGGAGAAGCAGUUCCAGCUGGAGCUUCCCCAGCACAAAGACGGCUCAACUUUUUAUUGCAGGCGUCUGUACAUCUCACUACAAAGUGUCCUUCGCUUUCGCGCGUUCUCCAGCAGCAGCUUUGGGAAGUAUCACGGCGGCACGUGCUGCGGCUGCAUGCAUCUGUCAAGCACAGCUGUUGCAACAGCUGCUUCUCACUGCUGCUACCGCAGAAUGCCAGCGUCAGAGAGUGUCUUCGGGGUCGCGGCUACAGAGAGGGGAGCCGCAUCACUGCCGGUGAUGCCAGCAACAGCGGCGAUACUACGAGCGGAAAUUCGAAAGCCAGCGACGACAACAAUUGCUGCGGCUCUAAGGGAUGCACUAACGCAGAGAACAUACAAAAAUACGAAGUAAGGGCUGCAAAGAGACAGUCUCCAGAGGGCUCGACGUUCGAUGCGGCAGACCCGAGCACACAUUGCAGUAGCCGCAAGCAUUGCGAGAGCGGUGUAUGCAGCAGUGAGAAAGGCGAUGCCUGUGGUAGUGAUUUGUCACCGCGCUCCUGCAACGUCGCUAGUUGCCGUAAUUGCAUUCAAAGGCCAAAACGCCGGAAGCAAAGACGCAGUGGGCGGCGUCGCGUACCGGCGGAAAAAGUCUCACAGCAACAGCAGCAUCAAGGUCGCCAGCGCCACAGUGAGCUGCAGCCCUUGAUGGAAGUUCAGUGUAGAAUAUGCGGCUAUAUCUCUCGGCGUCCAUGA